AUGAUAAAAAGUCACGACUCCAAUGAACCUCAUAUAGUAUCACCUUCAUUGGGUCUUGAUUAUCCUGCUAAUUGUCCAAACCUUCUUUCAGGUUAUAUUUAUAUUAAUCCAAAUAAUCCAUUUAGACAAGAUUAUGUUUUAUCAUGGUUAUUUCUUUGUUUAUAUGUAAUUGAUGGUCAUGAGACAACAAAAAUAUUUGACAAAGCAUACGUUAAUUGGUCAAAAGGUGAUCUUCUUGUUAUUCCAUAUCAAAUACAACGAUUAGAACAUUUUAUACUAGAUGAGACAACAUUUCAUUACGCACAGGGUAGAAUAUUACUUAAAUAUCGUUAA